AUCGUAGUGUUUUUGUUUUGUCUGACUGACAUUCACUUUGUCAACAAAUAAAAAUAAACAAUCAACCUCGUGUAUUAAUCAUGGUUCGUAAAUUAAAAUUUCAUGAGCAAAAAUUGCUAAAAAAGGUCGAUUUCCUUAAUUGGAAAGUCGAUAACAACUUGCAUGAAGUGAAAGUUAUGAGAAAAUAUCACAUUCACAAAAGAGAAGACUAUACGACAUAUAACGCAUUAUCACGACAAAUUAGAUCGAUUGCCGAAGAAAUAGCAAAUAUUGAGAAAAAUCACCCUUUCAGAACAGAAGUUAGUGCACUUUUGCUGGAAAAAUUAUAUGUGUUGGGAUUAAUUCCCACGAAAUGGGAUCUGGAAGCCGCCAGCAAAAUAUCUGCAAGUUCAUUUUGCCGUAGACGUUUGCCUAUUGUUAUGGUUCGGAACAAAAUGUCAGAAAAUACUAAAAACGCUUCAAAACUUGUUGAACACGGACAUGUACGAGUUGGAGCUGAAGUAGUGAAAGAUCCAGCUUUUCUGAUAACAAGAACGAUGGAAGAUUUCGUGACUUGGGUUGAUGCUUCAAAGAUUCGACAACAUGUUUUAGAAUAUAAUGAGAUGAAAGAUGAUUAUGAAUUAAUAUCAGGAACAAUGUUUCACACUCUGAUAUCGAUCUUUAUAAUCAUCUUUAUUGUUUGUGGCAUUGAAGGCUUCGGUGUUUCUCCUGGAACGCUUUUUGCUCGAGUAAAUGAUACUUUUAAAAUUAGCUGCUUCGUGGAUCACGGCAAUGGCGAGUUGAAUUUCUACGAUGACGACGAAAUUGUGUCUAAUGGAGAUGUCAAGAGAAUCAACGAUACGUUUAUAGAACUGACGAAGUUUUAUUCCCGUCCUGUAAGGAAGAACUUCACAUGCAAACAAGAAGAUAAUAACGUCGGAUUGAGUGAAGUUUUCAUUGAUAAAAGAAUGGCAGCAGUAGAUAAUUUUAAAUGUCGUUCAAAUGAUCUCUUGACAUUAACAUGUUCCUAUCGAAAACCUCCGUACAAUCUUCCUAUCAAAUAUCAAACACAAUUUUCUAUCAAUCACGAAACGCCACGUGCAAUUGAGAAAAUAGAUAUCAUGACGAAACUUUCCAUCCAUAACGAAAGCAGUGCACAUAUUAAGCUUUUAUUGCCUAAAGAAGUUGAAAAGAUUUCAAGUGAAAUGCUUUUUGAUGUUCAAUUGAAGUUGGUUGAUGAGACUGAUGAAAAAUGGAUUAAAAUAAUAGAUCCACGUCUUCAAGUGGAAGGAAGAGAUGGAUAUCUUAUAAUUGAUAAUCUUAACUAUGCCAAUACAGUCUACAAUCUCAAAAUUCGAAUGAAAACAAAAGAUGCUGAAGAUAUUGAUGAGAUGUGGUCGCCUUAUAAAGAAAUGUCAUUUAAAACACCAUCAAAAGUUCCAGAAGAAACUCCAAUUACAUGUAGAAAUUGUUAUAAUGUUAUGGAUAAUGGAAACAUUGUCAUCUAUUGGAUGGCAGUGCCGAAGCUUUAUCAAAAUGCUGAUAAUUUUAGAUAUCUUGUUCGCGGCAGGAACGAGAAUAAUGAACAAGUUUUUGAUAAAUUUUAUAUCGAUACUUCAAUGAUGCUCGAGUUGGAAGGGCUGAGAGCAAACGAUUUAAAAAUUGAAAUUUUCAGCGUCAAUAAUAAAGGCACGUCUGAAAGUUUUAGUGAAAUUCUCAUUCCAAUUCAACGGUCUAAUCAAUGCGGAAAUUUUCUAAAAAUUCGUAAAGAACUCCAUGAUCAAACGUACCGAUUGUCAUGGAAAGUCAUGGAAGAAAUUGAUAUUGAAAGCUUUAAUAUUUUAUGGUGCUACCAAAGAAACGAACUUCCAAAUCAAUGUGAUGGUCCAAUAAACAUUCUCGAAAUGGCGGCAAAUACUUUUGAGUUAGAAUUAAAUGCUUCAUCUUUGAUACAGUUUGGUGUCGUAGCAAAUGUCCGCAAUAAAUCAAUUACCAACGGAUUUAAGUGGACUGAAUGCACAGCAUCAAAAGCGAAUGAAAUUGGUCAAGUUCACUCCUUAUGGGGCUUUGUGCAAACUAAAAAUGCAAUUCUCAUUAAUUGGAAGCUGAACUGUGUUGAUGAACCAAUUGUUGUGGGUUACAACAUCAGUUAUUGCCCACUUAAAGAACAUUCGAUUACAGAAUGUUCUGAAGAAUCUAAAAUUGAAAUAGUGAUACCUGAAAAUGAUGCCGACGAGUUAAAUCGUUACGAAAUUGUUAACUUAAAAUCCUAUACACUUUACAACAUUUCCGUAUCUUUAAUGAGUCACAACCGUUUAGGCCUUCGUAAAAUUCCGAUAAUGAUACGAACAUUGGAAAGUGCUCCAACAGAUCCAAGAAAUUUGAAAGCUGUGAGAGUUGAACAGACGUCAAUUGAUCUUACAUGGGACCGACCGCUCGAAGUUAAUGGCGACGCAAUGACAUAUCAGCUUUGGUACAACGACCAUAUAAUCAAUAUCAACGAUAACAAUACAUUAAACGAAACGUUCGCCUUUCGACUUGAUAACUUGAAGCCAUUCACACGUUAUAUUAUUACGGUUAUAGCGUGUACAAGUGAUUGUUCAGUGCCGAGUGAAAGCUUAUCACUUCAAACAAAAGUUGGUGUACCUGAAAGGAUGUACCAACCAAAAUUGCAAACAACAAGCGAUAACUUGAUUGCUAUAAGUUGGGAAUUGCCAAAAGUAAUUGGCGGUAACCUUGACUACUUUGAACUUAAACUUACAACCUUAAAAGACGAUGAAGUUGUAAAGGAAGACGUUUAUAGAAUUAACAGAAACUCUCCUCAUUGCGUAAUCAAUAAUCUCCAAUGUCACGACGAGCGAAUUGAUCUAUCUAUGCGUAUAGUCAAUCUAAAGAAUCCUCCUAUUGAAAACGAUAUAAUUAAAGAAAUAAAUCCCGUCGGAUGUUUGAGUAUUUCUAAUAAUAUUGAUGACGAUAAUAACAUCGAGAAGUUCUAUGGUGACUGGUCACAACCGAUUAUGCAUUAUUGUCGUCUCCGUUACUCGCCUGCAAUGAUAGCAUUCAUAUUCAUUCUGAUUAUACUCAUCUUGAUUUUCAUAUUCUUAUUUAUAAAAUUCUAUCAGAAAUACCAGAAGAUGAAAGAUAUUCAUAUUGUUUUACCAAAGGAAUUUGAUCAUCAAAUUACAUCUUCUGUGAUAAAUGAUAGCUACGAAAGUCAAAGAUUAACUUCACUUCACGUUUCAUCGAAUGUGGAUGAAAAUGAAAUUGAAAAAUAUGAUGUGAACGAGAAAGAAAAAUUUAUAUCGCGAACGCCGUCUUCGCCAAAUUUACCCGACGUAACAAAACGUGAGCACAUUCCAUUGUUCAUUAUCACUCCACCACCUAAGACCGAUGCUAUGAAUGUUUAUAUACCAAAGAUGUCACAGAUCAACAAAAGCCUCAAAUCAUAUCCACCAACGCCUGUAAAAGCCAACAUAUGUGAUUCAAAUUUGCCACUGGAUCCCCAAGUCGAUCCAAAUGGCUACAUGAAAAUGAAUUCGCCUUCAAAAUCGCCUGUCACUGCCGUUGCAGGUUAUCUCGACAUGACUGGAAAAGUUACAAACCCCUUUUCGAAGGAGCCAAAAAAACAUUCGGAUUACAUAACAAACGAAGUAAAGUCUUUCAUCAAAGACUCUGAUCUUAAUAACAACGGAUACAUUAAAAACACUCGUCCAAUAAUGUGCCCAAUGAAAAUGUCAUUAGCUGUUUUCUUAUUAAUCUGUAGUAUAAAUAUCAUAGAAUCAUCACCUGAUGGUUGGACAGAUCCAUCGGGAGAGAUAAUACAACUUAGUGGUACAGAUGUUAGGAUAAGAUGUGGUGUUAAUGGAGAUAAAUAUUCAUACAACAGUUUAGGAUUUUACAACAAUUCCGAUGAAAUAGAUUCCAAGUAUAUUCGACAGAUAAAUCAAUCAGUCAUCGAACUUAUGCUGCCGAAUGUAUCCGAACAAGAUACAGUAAUUCUAUGUAAGCUUGAUGGUCAACAUGGAAUUUCCUACAAUGAUCUCAAAAUCGGAAGAUUUCCCGAGAAUAUUUCAGGCUUCAAGUGCCUAUCGAAUAAUUGGCAAGAUAUGAACUGUUCGUUUGAGAAACCUUACAAUCCGGUUGCUGUUCAGUAUACACUCACUUAUCGUCUCCCAAAUUCAUCACAAAGAUAUCCUUGCAUUCAACCACCAAUGAAAGAUUCGAAAAUAUUUUGGUGUCACAUACAAAGCAAAGGCUAUCGUCGAACAAAUCCAACUUUUGAGUUCACACUGAAAGCCGAGAAUUAUUUUGGAAUUAAUGAACAAACGAUAACAAUUGAUAAUUUUGCCAGCGUAAUUCCAGCGGUACCUGAAAACUUUAAAGAUAUCAAAAUAAUGUCGAACGGUGUGCUGUUGGGUUGGAAUGUGAAUAAUAAGCUUCUGGUGUUUCCAAAGAAUUUUGAUUAUGAGUUUAAAGUGACAUCACCACAAGAGUGCGAUCCUGAACCGAAACAUAUUCGAUUCACUGACAUUCCAGCAACUGUCGGAGAAUUCCCAAAGAAUUUUACACGUGAAUUAUCAUUGGCUUUUGCUCAUACUUGGUACACGAUUGGCAUUCGAAUGAAAAUAUCAUUGGCACCAGAUGUUGAAGAAAUGUGGAGUGAGUGGGCAAUUAUUAAUAUCAAAACAUUAAUGCGACGUCCCGAUCAUCCACCUGCAGUUGAUAUUGGAAGCUUCAACAUUGGACCUGGUGGUGAUGUUUACAUUUAUUGGAAACAUUUGCAUAAAUGUUAUCAAAAUGGGGCCAACUACAGUUACGCUGUCUCUUCAAACAUUUCAAAAUAUGAAUUUCCAAAUGAAAUUCAUCCACAAUAUGCAAUUUACAAUAAAGAUCGCUUCGAUUCAUCGCGUGGUACAAAAAUCUCAAUAAAAAAUUACAAUGAAAUCGGAUCAUCAAUCGACACAAGUGUAAUUAUCAUUCCCGCAAGAUUUCAUCGCUUGGAAGGACCAACAAAAAUUCGAAAAAUAUUAAGAAAUGGAAGUUAUGAGUUGUCGUGGUCACCGCCACAAUAUUAUCGUGAUGAAAUCACUUCUUAUACAGUUUUUUGGUGUGUCUCAAAAUCAGAACUACCGAAUAGUUGUGAAGGUACAAUCGACUUCAAACGUUUUCAACCAUCACAAACACAUUUCGAACAUAAAUCAAAUUCUAUUCAAACUAUAAACUUUGCUGUGUCAGCAAAUUCUGAGCAUUCAACAUCAGGAAUGGUAUGGGCCCGUUGUACAACAGCAAACAGUAAUGAAAUUGGAAAGAUUAAAACAAUUUGGAUACCACGUUUAGCAUCGACAGAGAUUGAAGUUGAAUGGAAGUUGGAAUGCACUGAUUCAGGAAUUGUUGCUGGUUAUCAGCUUGAAUAUUGUCCAAGUAAAGAACCAAAAACUUUGGAAUGUAUGGAACCUUCUAAGAAACUUAACAUUACCGGAAAGUUAGAGAAUCCUAAACACACACUCUCAAAUCUUACGCCUUACACAACUUACAAAAUCAUCAUCAGAAUGUUUUCAAAUUCAACAAUGGGACCGGCAAGUGAUCCCUUAGCCAAUACAACCCUUGAAGCGGCACCAUCUGAAGUUCGUGGUUUGAUAGCAAGAAAUAUUGGCAACACAAGUGUUGAACUUUACUGGGAUCCACCAGAGUUUUCAAACGGCGUUUUAUUGUUUUAUAAAGUUUGGGCGAAUGGAAAAGAUCAUAAAGUAACGAAACAAGACCAUAGUCAUACAGUGGAAAUUGACAACACUCACAUCACUCGAAUGAAUUAUACUUUAGUGGACUUAAUGGCGUAUACUGAAUAUGAUAUUGCUGUUGAAGCUUGCACGAAAGAAUGUUCAACAUCAUCAAAAACAAAAAUUAAAACUACAACAGGUGCACCUGGAAAUUUCAGUAAACAACCAUCGAUUGAUGUUUUCAGUAAUAAUUUGUUAAAGAACUAUACAAGUGCUAAUAUCGGAUGGGACGAGCCAAUGUUUAAAGGUGGCACUUUAGAUUAUUACGAGUUCAAAACAAAAAUAACUCUUAAUAAUGGAAAAUUCAAGGAAGAUGUUGUGAAGACAAGAAAACGAGAGUGCUACAUUGACCAGCUCUGUGUUGGUGACGUCAUGUUUUAUGAAUUCUCAGUUCGUGCUGUUAAUUUCGUUCUUACACCACAUUCGAAAGAGUCGCAUGCUAGAAUUGAAGGUUCUGAUGAGAAACAAAGCUGUGACAACGAUGAUCCAAUUCUUAUAAGUUCACUUGAAGCUUUAAGAGUAGCUGACCCUCAUGGUUGGCAUUUACCUGGACCUUGGUCACCAGCUAUUGGACAUUCAUGCAAUUAUGGGGGAUUCGAUUCAAAACAAUCUCUUAUGAUGUUCAUGAUGAUUUUCCUUGUUGUUCUCAUCCUAGUUAUGUUGUUUUAUGCUUAUCGUAAAGUCGUUGAAAUGAAAGAUAUUCUCGUACAAAUGCCACCUGGAUUAGAGGAUUUAUCGGGUGAUAAAAACAAGAAACUGAAGGAGUUGAGUGUAAACGAAGGAAAAAUGGAAACUCCUGACAUAUUGCGAAACGUUGACAAUACAUCAAUUAUUUGUGAAGAUGAAAAUGGUCAAUUAUUGAAAAAGUCAUUGAAUGGAAGUAUCAAUGGAGCAGAUUGUAGUGGUAGCAUACAAAGUGAGAGUACGAGAAGUGAUUCUGAUCAUAUCGAUAAUGAAGAUGACAUUGAAUAUGGAGAAUUUGGUAAUGGCGUUCAAAUGGAAAAAGAUAAUUCAAAGAGUUCAAGUGAUGAAAUAGAGAGUUCACCAAUUAUUGUGUCUACGCCGAUAUCAGAGAAAUUUCAAAAGCCAACAAAUGUUGUAAGCCCAUCAAUGCCAUCUAGUGGUUAUGUGUGUCAACCGCCGCCAAGAAGCUUUGUCACACCUUUGCCAGCGAUUGGAAACAGUAACGGAUAUGUUACAAAUUCCAUACUAAGUCCUAUGAUGUCAAGUGGCUAUACUCCAUUGAGUGCCUUAGGAAAGUUUAAUUCAAAACAAAAUACGCCAAUUGAUGACAAAAUGGGCAUCAAAACACCGAUUGUAGCAACGACUGAUCAAGAAGGCAUUUCUGGCUAUGUAACACACAAACAGCUCUCUGACUUUGGCCAACGAAUGCAGUAAUUCAUUGAACAUCAGAAUGAUGUAAGACUUAAGAUUCUCAAAAAAAUGAUAAGAAUGUUCUUCAAGUGAAACUUUAAUAUUUAAUUAUCUCUGUAAUGUUCUGUAAAUGUUUAAAAUUCAUUACGAAAGAUUUCACAGUAAAUUCUCAUCAUCCUUGAAAUUUAUCAUACGGAGAUGUUUAGGCUUAAAAUGUGCAUUAAAAAGUUCAUUCACAUGUUACUCAUAUCUACUAAUUGUUGCUCAAUUCAGAUGAAAAAUGAAAUAUUCACAUUGCUACGAAAAGGAUUUCAAAAUUAAAAGUUUGAUGCUUUUUCAAUGUUAAACCAUAAAAGAAAACUGAAGAAAUGAUUUUUAUUUUUAUUCAUUGCUCUUGCCACUAACAAAAAAGUUUCUGUUUCUGAGAUAAUCCUUCGAUGCAACUUGAAUAGAAAAAUUUAACUUUAUAAAAACUAUAAAUGGAUAAAUUAAAGAAAGGGAAAAAAAUUCUAUUGAAUCAUUUGCCUUAUCAUUUCUCAACUGAAUAAAUGUUUUGUGGUUCUACAGUGCUUUAAAUAAAACAAGAAAGUUUACACAUUCAAAAUGUUGAUAUUUGGAACCUUAGCAGAUUAUCUAAAGGAUGUAAAAGUUUAUUAAAAAUAUGAAUUCAGUAUGUAAUGAAUAUAUAAUGAAGAAAUGAAAGAAAAUUAAUCACAGAACUGUUGCUAGUUAAAAGACAUUUUAUGGUUGAAGACUUACAUAGUUUGAAAUAAAGAAAACUUUUUAAAUGAAUCUCUUUAGCAUAAAACAAAUGAAUAAUUGACUGUUCAAAUAAAUCUUAAGAUUAUUUGUCGUAGGCCCGCCUCAAUGAUACCUGAACAAGACAUAAAAAAAUUGAAAUUCAUUUUAUACACGAAAACAUUUAAAAAGAACAAUGAUGAUUUUGAUCAUGGAUAUUCCAUGUGAAUUCAAUUUCACAUCAACAUUACAGUUUAUAAAAAAUGAAAUAAAAACUAUUUUUGAUGGUAAACAUAAGAAAGUUGCCUCGAUUUUUAGAGAAAAUAAUACUUUUUGGAAACUCUAAUUAGAUAAAGUUCUAAUGUUUAAAACUAAACUGAAUAUGAGCGUCAAUUAGGCAAAUUCUUUUCAAUAAUAAAACUAAUGAAUGUUUCUUGUUAUGUGGAGAAACUUCAUCUUGAUGUGAAAAGAAGAUGCAUAAAAUUUAAUGAAAAUAUUUUACUUAAACUUUGUAAUUAGUUUGCGUCCUUCAUGUAAUUCUUGUGCAAAAUAAUGUGGACUGAAUCAACACAGAACGAAACUUAAAGCAUUUAAAAGAUAGUAAGAGUCAAUUUAAGUAGCUUUGCUUGCGCUGAUAUCAAAAUUUAAUUAUAUUCACUCCUUUGCUUAUUUUCUUUCAACUUUGUCUUCUUUAAAUGCUUCAUUUUGUGGUUCUUUUGUUUACUACUUAAAAGUGUUUAUUUUUCAUUUAUGUGCCUAAUUAGUUUUUUAAGUUAUCAAUUGUAUUUAAAUAAUUAUAAAAAAAAGGAAAAACUUAAUAAUGUAGUUACGUAUGCGUAGAGAAAUAAAAAUAUAAGAUGUAUUUUAUAAAAAAAAAAAGAAGCAUAAGCUUU